CUCAUUUUGGUACAAUAAUAUUUAGUUCAAAAGCUUUUAUCUCACAAGAAAAGCAAGCAAAAAUGGGUUCUUUAUUCUCAGCCUUCAUUCAUCCUGAGCUUAGGGAUAUUGUAGCCAGAAACAAAAUGAGUUUCCUUGAUACUUUGUUGUUCUAUGUUGUGCACUUUGUGGACAAGUUAGGGUUGUGGCACAGACUACCAGUGAUUCUUGGACUUGCUUAUUUGGGAUUCAGGAGGCACUUGCAUCAGAGUUACAAUCUGGUGGGUGUGGGAGGAUCCAAGGGUCACGAAUAUGACACUCAAGAUUUUCCUUAUCGGACGGCUGCGGGAAAUUAUAAUGAUCCAGAUGACAACACAGUUGGUAGCCAAGGAACCUUUUUUGGUCGCAAUAUGUCUCCUUCAACUUCUCCCUACGGAUUGAUGGAUCCAAACCCAACAGUGGUGGCCACAAAGCUUUUGGCAAGGAAGGAUUACAUUGACAAUGGGAAGCAAUUCAAUGUGAUAGCAGCUUCAUGGAUUCAGUUCAUGAUUCAUGACUGGGUUGAUCAUUUGGAGGAAACCAACCAGGUGGAGAUUAGCGCACCUGAAGAAGUUGUUAAUCAGUGUCCAUUGAAGUCAUUCAGGUUUUUUAAGACCAAGCCAGUUCCUACUGGUUCAUCUGAUGUCAAGACUGGGUAUCUGAAUACCAGGACUCCCUGGUGGGAUGGGAGUGCAAUUUAUGGAAAUAACAAGAGUGGAAUGACAAGAGUGAGGACAUUCAAAGAUGGAAAACUAAAAGUGUCAGAAGAUGGACUUCUUGAGGUUGAUGAGAAAGGAAUUCCUGUAUCAGGCGAUGUCAAGAAUGUCUGGGCAGGUUUAUCCGCCCUGCAAGCCUUGUUUGUCAAAGAACACAAUGCUGUUUGUGAUAUGCUGAAGAAAAAUUAUCCUCACUUGGAUGAUGAGGAACUCUACCGACAUGCUCGAUUGGUGACAGCAGCUGUCAUUGCAAAAGUACACACCAUCGAUUGGACUAUCGAACUCCUAAAGACCGACACUCUUCUUGCAGGGAUGAGGAUUAACUGGUAUGGAAUUAUGGGGAAAAAGUUCAAGGAUACGUUUGGACACGUAUUUGGAUCGUUAUUUAGUGGAUUCGUUGGCUUAGACAAGCCAGAAGAUCAUGGAGUUUCAUAUUCAUUGACGGAAGAAUUUGUGAGCGUCUACAGAAUGCAUGCACUUCUACCAGAGGAGCUCGUUCUAAGGGAUAUCAAGUCCGCAACUGCUUCAAAAGACAAAAUCCCUCCGCUACUAAAAGAGGUGCCUAUGAAGGAGAUGAUAGGGAAAAAAGGUUCACAGAAUUUGUCAAAAAUUGGAUUGGAGCAGAUAAUGGUGUCAAUGGGUCAUCAGUCUAGUGGAGCUAUCUCAAUAUGGAACUAUCCAUCAUGGAUGAGAGACCUAGUUCCUCAGGAUGCUAAUGGAGAAGACAGACCGGACCUAGUCGAUAUGCCAUCCUUGGAAAUAUACAGAGAUAGGGAGCGAGAAGUUGCUCGAUAUAACGAGUUCCGAAGGAACUUACUUCUGAUCCCAAUAAGUAAGUGGGAAGAUUUGACAGAUGACAAAGAGGUCAUCAAAGCUCUCAGAGAAGUGUAUGGAAGUGACGUUGAGAAGCUGGACCUGCUAGUUGGUCUCUCAGCAGAAAAGAAAAUCAAAGGCUUCGCCAUCAGCGAAACGGCUUUUGUCAUCUUUCUACUCAUGGCAUCAAGGAGGUUGGAAGCUGAUCGUUUUCUGACCGCGAAUUUCAAUGCUGAAACCUACACAAAGAAAGGUCUUGAAUGGGUUAACACCACAGAAUCCUUGAAGAAUGUCAUUGAUCGACAUUUCCCCGAUACGACGAGGAAAUGGAUGAGUAGUUCCAGUGCAUUCUCCGUUUGGGAUGCUCCACCUAACCAGAAGAAUUGGAUUCCCCUGUACCUGAGACCGGCCACAUGAGCUUCUUCUUUGUGUUGAUGAAUAUGAGGUUGUCUUGUAAAGAAACCUUUUACAUUGCUAAGUCUGUGUUGUGUUGAUGAGAUUUCUGUGAGAAUUAGAUGAUUUAAGGCUCAUGCUUUUGUGUUUCUAGGUGAUUUAUUUCAAUUUAUUUUAAAAUAAUGUAUCAAUUGAUUUAUAAUUAUUUAUAGUCAUGAAUUUCUUUUGAAUAUUUCCCACGUCA